AUGGCACUGUUGCAGUAACAAGAAAAUAAUACAAUUUAUAUGAACUACCGCGCAAGUAUUUUGAAUAAUUAUAUAGUUGAAAUUAAUUACAUUUGUUACAUAAAAUAAAAAGAAAACGAUAAGGAGAAGUUAAUUAAAAAAUUUGCUUCUACCUUUGAUCUUAUGGAUCCAGAAUUUUUAUCAAGAUUGGUGCCACAAAACAAAGAUCAUGCAAGACCUGCUUGCAAAAAAUGUGGUUAUGCAGGACAUUUGACUUAUCAAUGUCGCAAUUUUAUUAAAGUUGAUCCAAACAAAGAGAUCGUAUUAGAUGUAAGUAGUACCAGUUCCAACAGCGAUGAAAACUACGUCACACCAUUAACAGAAUUGCGUGAAAAAGAAUUAAAGAAGAAAUUGAAAGAAGCUAAAAAGAGACACAAGGAAAAGAAAAAUAAGAAAAGUUCGAAGAAGAAAAAGAAAACUAAAUCAAGCGACACAGAAUCUGAUAGUUCAUCCACGGAAGAAGAUGAGGAAGAGCGAAAGACAGAGAAACGACUAAAACAUAAAAAAAGGAAAAAAAAAUCUAAACAUAAGAAGAAAAAGAAACGUAAAAAGGAAAGCUCGUCAGAGAGCAACAGUGAUUAAUAUCAACAUUGUCAAAACCACUGUCGAUACAAAAUUUAUAAUAUAAGAUAGUUUUAAAUAAUUUUUUAAUUGUAUCAUAUGCUCUUUCUUAAUAUAAUGUAUAUACAUCAAUAGACACUUUACUUGGAUUAUAUAAAUAAAUUAUUAUAAUAUUACCUACUAUAUAUUAUC